CCACGAGAUGGUACCAGACUUCUCACCGUCAAAUUCACUCGACUGGGGGUUGGUUACGAUAACACCACCAAAAAAACGUAGGAGCAAAAUGGCGGCCACGUCAGUUCCCCUUUAUUCUCCUUCUUCGCAGCCUAUUUUGGAAAACAUGGAAGCUGAUCCACCGGUAGAUGAGUUUUCAUUUGGUCCUCCGAUGAGUCAAGAUUCAUCCAUGUACUCUGGAUCUAUUGAAGCGCAGGAGGAAUUCAUGGAAAGCGACAGGAAAGAUGACGACUCCAAUGGCAGCCCUCGGUACAGAUUUCCUUUCUAUUCGCAAAUUUUUAACAAGAAAAACUACGACUGGCUGCUCGAGGUGGACGAAACUGGUGAUGAUGAAGACUUUAAGAAGCCACUGCUUGAGGAACUUGACAUUGAUUUACAAGAUAUUUACUACAAAGUUCGCUGUGUAGUGUUCCCUCUUCCAUCCCUGGGGUUCAAAAGAGAUGUGCUAAGGGACAGCCCUGAUUUCUGGGGUCCUUUGCUUGUGGUGCUGUUGUAUGCAAUGCUGGCAUUGUUUGGACAAUUUAAGGUUGUUUCAUGGAUUAUAACAAUAUGGCUUCUGGGUUCUCUCAUCAUCUUCCUUCUGGCCAGAGUACUCGGAGGAGAAGUGAAUUACUCUCAGUGCCUGGGUAUCAUUGGUUACUCACUUAUCCCGCUGGUCUUGACUGCUGCUGCUCUGCCAUUGGUUCAUUAUUUUCCCAUGGUUAGCUUCACUGUCAAGUUGUUUGGUGUGGUGUGGGCGUCAUACAGCGCCGGAUCUCUCCUCAUCCAAGACGAACUCAAGAAUAAGAGACUGUUACUCAUGUAUCCGAUCUUACUCCUUUACAUAUACUUCUUCUCUUUGUACACUGGUGCAUGAGACAAUCCAUGCAUUCACCUGCAAUAUAAUGAUUGAUUGAUUGAUCUAAGUACUAAUGUUGCUAGAAUAUGUAGUGCUGAAAUGAAAAGGGGCUUCAAUCUAUAUGUGUCGUAAUUGAAGGGGUGCUUGGGAGAAGAUCGUAAGUGACAUCUGAUAGACUAGAAGAUUCUCUCAGCGAAUUGCUUUUUGCUUCCUUGUACAAAAAAGAAGAAUUUUGAUGUGAGAUAGAGUCACUUAGGGCUUUUUCCCAUGCACCCCUUAGAUUGCUGGGACACUUUCCUCCUCCUCCUCCCUCUCCUUCAAUGCUAGCUUGCAGCAACACAAAUCAGUUUACCCAACAUUCAAGGGGAGGGUGUGGUGAGAGCAUGAAUUCGUGUAUUUUGAGCAGGAGCAAAGUGUCCCAAAUAACUGUGGUGGUAUUAUAGGUCGUGUUUCUGUAGAUGAUUCUCUCAAACCUGAUCUCGAAGCAAAAUAAAAUCUUAAGAUAGAAGGUACUUAAAAACAAUAAUCAAACUCAAGACAAAUACAAUAUAGGCAUGAAGGGGGUAAUAUGGUCCAGUUAGAGAAAAGCAAAACUUGUUGUUAUUGUUGUUGUUGUUGCUUUAUAUAGAAUAGAUAGAAUUUUUACCCAGCUUGUCACGCAGUGCGUGCAACCCUAAUACCGGCUGUCUUCUAGACUGGUAAUUUAGCCGAUAACUCUCGAUUUAUUGGUUUUCCUUUCUUUGAUAUUUUUAAGCUUGGAGCCCGUAAAUUUCGUUUCUCGCUGGGUAGUAGACAAGGAAAUGAUGGGAUUGCUUUGAAACUGCCUGAAGACUUAGGGGAAGUUUGUAUUUGGCAGAUGUAGUGGUAAAGACUUGCGACAAACAGGGACGUGAGUAAGGUUAGAAUUAGCGGUAACAUGGAUAUGUACAUUUUGCCGUGUAACUUACAGGUACUGUAAACGUUUUUAAAUUUACAAAUUUCAGAUUGGCAAUAAGGUUGCGCGAGAACUCUCGUUUGUACACUGUGAGUUUUGAAUUCUAUUUUCUAUUAUUGGGCUUCAGGUAGUUUUUUCGUUUUAGGUAACAUGUUAAGUUUAAAAUCUCAGGUUGUUUUCGAUACAGCUCUACUU